CUGGUUUAUUGUGUUAUAUUUAUUGUUGAACUGUUUGAUGGGGUACAAAAGCUGGAAACCACAGGGAAGCGUUGUGUAGUACAAUUAUCAGUAAAUGCAUAAAUUUGUGUUCCUCCCAAAUAUCGGUAAUAGACGUAAAGAAUCAGUUUGUAGUUCAGUUGAGUUUAUUGAGACCAAUUUAGUGAAGACAUCACCAUCAACAACGCCACGAUGUACAACGGAGGACGCGAGAUCAACUACCAGCGUCAAAUUUCUUCUUCAGUAUCCGACUAUCGGAUCGAAAUAGUUGAACAGCCUGCCACGAAAGCCCUACGAUUUCGGUACGAGUGUGAGGGUAGAUCAGCCGGUUCGAUACCGGGUGCGUCUUCAACACCAAAAAAGAAAACUUAUCCCACCAUCAAGUUGGUGGGAGGUCCGCCUAGGAAGGCGGUUGUCGUGGUCUCUUGCGUCACAAAAGAUCAGCCACAUAGGCCUCAUCCCCACAAGUUGGUUGGACGAGACGGUUGCGAAAAAGGUGUAUGCACGGUGAAAAUCCCGCCGGACACUAUGACUGUGUCGUUUCCCAAUUUGGGUAUCCAGUGCGUUAAGAGGAAGGACGUUGAAGAGUCGCUUAGGAUCAGGGAAGAAAUUAGGGUUGAUCCGUUCAAAACCGGUUUCGGUCACAAGAGCCAACCAAUCGAUUUGAAUACGGUGAGGCUGUGUUUCCAGGUUUUCAUCGAAAACGAAAAUCACAAAGGCAAAUACAAUAUACAACUGGACCCAAAGGUCAGUACUCCAAUUUGCGACAAAAAAGCCAUGAUUGAUCUUAACAUUGUUAGGAUGUCGGAUUCGGUUAGUCCUUGUGAUGGUGGCAAAGAGAUACUACUUUUCUGUGAAAAAGUUAGUAAAGAGGAUAUUCAGGUGCGCUUCUAUGACGACGCGGACGGUUGGGAAACGUCCAUCGAUAUUCAACCGUCCCAAGUCCACAAACAAACUGGGAUCUGGUUUAACACACCCGCUUACAAACGGAUGGACAUUGAGGAAGCGGUGCGCGUCCAGAUGCAGCUAAGGAGGCCCUCCGACGGUGCGGUUAGUGAGUCACGGCCAUUCGAGUUCUGGCCCUCAAGUCCAGGUAAUCACCCAAAACGAAAAAGAACCAUGGAGGCCAAGGAUGUUUCAAAUUUGAAAGCUCGUCAACCUAAUAUACUAAACAUUCCACAAAAUAGUAUUAAGUUGGAGCCUACAGAUCCGACAUCGCCUUUGUAUCCAAACCUGCCACCACAGGGAUACAACAUCGUUCAUCACCCGAACCCGACCCCGUUGCCCGGCACCGUCUACAGGAACCCCCAGUUAAACAACGACUUAAACUGGAGGUCGGCACCGACUUCGAGCCACGCACCCAUAAUGCCGAACCACAUGUUCAUGCAAGUGAGACCAGAGAUGGGAAUGGCACCUCCGUACCCCAUGGUAACGUCCGCCCAAUACGUCCCACCUGCGCAGGCGCAGUACGAGUUGCCAUCCGGCUGUGGGCAGGUGAGGCCAUGGAGUGCGACGCAGCCCCAAAAUCCUCCAGCGAACAACCAGAACGCGGAGGAAAUGCCGGAUUUAAGCACACUAUCUCUUUCCGACAUCGUACCGGACAUCACCACGGAUAGUCUGACCAACUUCGUGAACAGUCGUGCCGAAGAUUUGUUCUUUAGGCCGCAUAAUUAAUAAAUCUGGAGAUUUUGACAAACCUAGUGACCAAAAUAUUCGUCUAUCUCAAUAGUCGGUGACAUCUAAACACAAUUCAAUCUAAUUUGAUUAAUAUGCUGGCGCAGAAGAGAACAGACUAUGAACUUCAAAUUGUACCAAUCUCACAGAAAAGGAGCCCAACAGGCGGGAAUUGGCAAAGAAGAGAUGAAUAAAUACUAAUUGCAGUUGCAAAAAGUGGAAUAUUUGUAAAAUGGAAAUAUUUUCUACUACUAUAGUAGUUAGUAAUAGUUAUUGUUAAUAUAUAAUAAAGAUAAAAUGGAAAUUUUA